UUAGGGCUUGUGUUUUUGAGUGCUGCAGGUUUGUGUGAGGCAAAGGAGUUUGUGGUUGGUGGUCAAUCAGGGUGGAAGAUCCCUUCAUCUCCUGAUGAGUACAAUUGUUGGGCCGGCGAAAAUCGAUUCAAGAUCGGAUACAUUCUUGUUUUCAAGUAUCCAUGCAAUAAUGACUCGGUGCUAGAAGUGAAUGAGGAUGACUACAAAAACUGCAACACAAAAAACCCUAUCAAAUCCUACAACAGCAACGGGAACACCGAGGUUGUGUUGGAACGGUCGGGGGCGAUUUUCUUCAUCAGCGGACAGGAUGACCACUGCGAGAAUGGACAGAAGCUUGCGGUCGUGGUUUUGUCUCCCAAACACACCUCGCCUGGUUCUCCCCCUCCGGUAGCCUUACCUCCAGAGGCUAACAGCAACAAUGGGCCGCCGAUGGUUGUGGCGACGGUGUGCGGUCGUCUUGCUUUGCUGCUACUGCCAAUUUUGUUUUAUUAGGGAACUUAAUUACAUGCU